CAACCCACGCCUGCACCGCUCCAACGCUCAGCCCUUAUGAGAACACGGACCGCUCCACCGCGGCGUGUUGCCCCCAAGGCCCCCAACUGCACGCAUAUCAAUAUGGACCGCAUUUAUGGCCGGGACCAGAAUUGUUAUGUUUGUGGGCGCGAACCUUCCAUCGGAUUCCUCUAUGUCUGUCGUCAGGACGAUAAGGUUGUACCGGACACCCCCCUGGAAGGUCCUCGAGUCGCCCACGGUACCUUGGAUGACCACUACCAUGAUGAAGGAUUGAAGUCAGAUUUGCGUCGAGAGCUAGAAGGAAUUGGAUUGAGUCAAUAUGUCAUUAGCGCCGCUGAACGAGGGGAGUACACGGCGCAGCAGCUUAAAAAGCUCAAGCUGCAGAAACUCGAGCUCAAACAAGCUAUCUCGGAUAUUCCGCAAACAUGCACUUUCCGGGCUUGCCACACCUGCCGUCCGUAUUAUAGAGACCGCGUCUACACAUCUUUUCACGCCGUCCUUCGCAACGAGCUCCCACCAUUAACUGCAUUCGACGUAUCCAUGCUCCCAACAAAGUCUGCCUCUAUCCUCAAAACCAUUGGUUUGCUCACCACCCCCACUGACAAUGACCCUUCGCCCGUCCCGCUACACCAACCUUCCUCCACGGACUCCACAACUUUGACGACCUCGCGUCUCAGCGUUCUCACCUUCAGAACCUCCCAAACAGACAUCUCGGAACUCCGACGCAUGCACCGCCCACGGAAGCGCUUCUACAACCUCGGUGCCAGAAACUCAGCUUCUAUUGCAGACAGCUUAUCUAAACAACUGUCCUGGCGCGCAGGCCUCAAGACAGCCAUUCAGGGCAUCUUCAAAUCUACUCGAGAAUCUAGCAGUGAAGGAUCCACCAUUACGCUUCCCGUUUCUCGAAUGAGUACCGUGCGACACGGCAUCAAAGAACUGGGUGAUCUCGACCUAGGCAGCCUGCGCCACGUGAAACGGCAAAAGGAUCGUAUGGACAUGAGGAAUGAAGUUGGUAUCGAAGCCACCGAAGGCGUGAGGCGGCAUAGUGUAGACGACGGGUCAGAGUCUGCCUCAGAACUCACCGUCUACAGCCGUGCAUCAGAAGCCGGGAGCGAAGUUGAAGUUGAAGGAGGUGUCGCGCUGACGGAAGAGGCUGUCGAGACGCAUACCCCAGAUAUCUUGAAUGUGGAAGAUGUGCAUGCUGACAUCGAACCGAUCAUGACACAGGUUUAAGCUAGAGAGCUAAUUUUUGUAGUGGUCUUGGCACGCAUAUUGGGAAUCAAAAUGGAGUACGACGGAGGAGGGGUCUGGAGAUGUGGCAAUUCAUUAUCAAUCACUAUACCCAAGGCCGCAUUCUUUCGGCGUUUGGAUUGAGGGAAUUUGGACCUUCAUACCGACAGGUCAGGCGUAUGCAUGGACCGUAUUCAUCCAUGUAGAUGCUUAUAUUCAUUGGCUGAACAGUGCCAUGGGCGAACUGUGCAUACCUAAUAACGACCUGUACCAUCACAAUCCUCGGUGCAAUGGGAAACUAAAAGAGUACGUUGAUGUGAAUACAUGACGGUGAUUGUUCG